AUGCCGAACGACUCCAUCAGCUGGAACCAACCCAUUUGUCACAGCUCUCAGCUCUUCCCAGCGCCACGGGAACAUUCCCAGGCAGGGCGGCUGUCUCCUGCCGGAGCAGACUCCAGCCCGCAGAGCACCACGAUGUGGCUGUUCCUCACCAUUUCUUGUUUCAUGCUCGUCGCUGCAAAGUCAGAAGAGAACCCCGAGGUGUCCAUGGAUGUUGGCGAAAUUGUCCGGUACCACGGGUACCCCUAUGAGGAGCACGAGGUGCUGACAGAGGAUGGAUAUUACCUCACCCUGCAGAGGAUCCCCCACGGCAGAGACAACCCAGAGAGCUUCAGCCUCCCCCACAAGGCAGGGGCGCAGGCAUCCAACAUGUUCUGUCCCCCUCCAAAGGCCGUGGUCCUCCUGCAGCAUGGCCUGGUGUUGGAGGGAAGCAACUGGGUCACCAACUUGCCCAACACCAGCCUGGGAUUCAUCCUCGCCGACGCUGGCUACGAUGUCUGGAUCGGGAACAGCCGCGGGAACAGCUGGUCAAGGAAACACCAGGAGUUUGAGUUCCACCAGCAGGAAUACUCAGCUUACAGCUUCCAUGAGAUGGCCAUGUAUGACCUUCCAGCGUCCAUCAACUACAUCCUGGAGAAAACGGGGCAGGAGCAGUUGUACUACGUGGCUUAUUCCCAAGGCACCACCACAGGUUUCAUUGCCUUCUCAUCCAUUCCCGAACUGGAUCGCAAAAUCAAGAUGUUCUUCGCCUUGGCUCCCAUCACCGUGAACUCCAACAUGAAGUCCCCCUUGGUGAGGGUGUUCGACCUCCCCGAGGCGCUGAUCAAGAUCAUUUUAGGACAGACAGUGGUCUUUGAUAAGGAUGAGGUCUUGAAGCAAGUGAUUUCCAGAAUGUGCAUCUACCCCAUACUGAAAACCGUGUGCUCUUUGGUCUUUUACCUGCCUGGUGGGUUUACCAACAGCUUGAAUGUGAGCCGCAUGGAUGUCUACCUGGCCCGCUACCCUGACUCCACAUCCCUAAAAAACAUGUUGCACUGGCGCCAGCUCUAUCAGACAGGGGAAUUCAAGCAUUAUGAUUACGGCAGUGACAACGUGCUUCACUACAAUCAGACCACUCCUCCCUUCUAUGAGCUGGAGAACAUGAAAACCCCUCUGGCUGCCUGGUAUGGGGGCAAGGACUGGAUUUCAGCCCCUGAGGAUGUGAACAUCACCCUGCCCCGUAUCUCCAACGUGGCCUACAAAAAGUACAUCCCCGAAUUUGUGCACUUUGACUUCCUCUGGGGCAAGCAGGUCUACGAGCAGGUCUACAAAGAAAUGCUUGACCUGAUGGAGAAGGGCACCUAG